UCACCAAACCAUCAGAAAAUAUGAGAAACGAAAUUCAAAACGAAACAGCUCAGACUGAUCAGACACAGGGAAGUAUGUUUUCUUUUUUCAAUUUGUUCCCUUUCCUCCUCCCAAUGUUUGAGGUUAUCAAGAUGGUUGUUGCUUCCGUUGCGUCCGUAGUCUAUUUAGGCUUCGCCGGUGUAACACUCAGUGGUUCAGCCGUGGCAUUAGCCGUAUCUACCCCUCUUUUCAUCAUAUUCAGUCCGAUUCUCUUACCUGCUAUUGCAGCCACUACUGUCCUAGCCGCAGGGCUCGGCAGUAAAAAAGUUGCGGCGGCUCCGGCAGCUUCGCCAUCCCUAUCUCUGUUGGGCAUACCAGAGAGUAUUAAACCAAGUAAUGUUAUACCGGAGAGUAUUAAACCAAGUAAUAUUAUACCAGAGAGUAUUAAACCAAGUAAUAUUAUACCGGUGAGUAUUAAACCAAGUAAUAUUAAGGACAAAAUUAAGGAUACGAUAGGCAAAGUUAAGAAUAAGAUCAAAGCUAAACAGGAAGAAAAAUCUAAAGGUAAAAGUGAAGAUUCUUCCAAGGGUAAAGGUAAAUCAAAGGGUGAAGAUACGACUACGGAUGAAGAUAAACACGGAAAGGGCGAGAGUAAACACGGAAAGGGCGAGAGUAAACACGGAAAGGGUGAGAGUACACACGGAAAGGGAGGUAAACAUGGAAGUGAAGGUUCGUCAAUGGAUGAAGGUAAACACGGAGGUAAGCAUGGAAGCGGAGGUUCGCCUAUGGGUGGAGGUAAACACGGAAGCGGAGGUAAACAUGAAAGUGGAGGUUCGCCUAUGGGUGGAGGUAAACACGGAAGCGGAGGUAAACAUGAAAGUGGAGGUUCGCCUAUGGGUGGAGGUAAACACGGAAGCGGAGGUAAACAUGAAAGUGGAGGUUCGCCUGAAAGUGUAGGUAAACACGGAAGCGGAGGUAAACAUGAAAGUGGAGGUUCGCCUAUGGGUGGAGGUAAACACGGAAGCGGAGGUAAACAUGAAAGUGGAGGUGCGUCUAUGGGUGGAGGUAAACACGGAAGCGGAGGUAGACAUGAAGGUGGAGGUUCGGCUAUGGGUGGAGGUAAGCACGGAAGUGGAGGCAAACACGGAAGUGAAGGUAAACACGGGGGUGAGGGCUCUUCUAUGGGUAAAAAUAGUCUAUCCAAGAAUAAAAAAGAAUUCCAUUAUAGAGGUCAAGCUAUGGAUGCAAGUAGUACAAGUGAAAGUUCAGAUGGCAGCAGUUCAGAUGGCAGCAGUUCAGAUGGCAGCAGUUCAGAUGGAAGUUCACAUGGGAGUGGUGGUAAACACAUAUGAGUAAAAGUAAAUUCAUGGAAGAAUAAAAGACAUUGGUGGACCUAUUCCAAUGUUUAGCAUAUGAUGUCUAUUAUAGUUAUGAAUUGUAUGGCAUUAUAAGAAAAAAAAAACUUUAAAAAACUUUUAUGUUUAUAAUAUGCAUGUAAUGGUUAAAACUGAUUAUAUGAUAAGACAAAAAGACUAUUAUGAUACAAUGUA